AUGUUUGCAUUGCAUUUUACAUUACAAGUAUGCAGCAUAUAUUCCAUUGAGCUUACGAAAAAUUGGAAGGCCGGUGGUCUUAGAGAUUUAAAUCUGUAUAAACAUGAUUUCAGCGGCAACAAACCUCUCAUAGCUGAUUUGGCUCUUGCUGCCCUUAAAGAACGAGGUGAAGUGAAAAAGAAACGACUCUGUCCUCAAUUUCGUACUGACCGUUCACUAUGUUUGAUGACCAAGAAAAAUCCUCUCAGAAGAGUUUGUAUAUGUAUAGUGGAUGCACGACCAUUUGAAUAUUUUAUUUUGGCAACAAUAUUGUGCAACUGUUUGGCACUAGCGUUCAAUCAUCCUUAUCCUGGAGAAGAUUCAAAUGCUGUAAAUAUGGUUUUGGAGAAAGUUGAACUUGCAUUUGUUAUUAUUUUUACAACUGAGUCUGCAUUAAAAAUCAUUGCCUAUGGAUUCGUUCUUCAUCAAGAUGCUUAUCUAAGAAAUUUCUGGAAUGUACUUGAUUUCAGUAUAGUAUUAAUUGGUUUAUCAUCAAAAGCAUUAGAGAACAUGAAUAUGGAUGUAAAAGCACUUCGAGCCUUUCGAGUGUUACGACCUCUCCGGUUACUUUCUGGUUUACCGAGUCUUCAGGUUGUGCUCAACUCUAUUAUCACAGCUAUGGUUCCACUAUUGCAUAUAGCUUUGUUAGUAAUUUUUGUAAUUAUUGUCUACGCAAUUGUUGGCCUUGAAUUAUUUCAGAGCAAACUACAUCUAACAUGCUAUAAAAAUUCAACACACAAAAUCCCCGAAAUGAUGCCAAAUCCACGACCAUGUACAUUUGAAACGUCAGCGAUGGGAUUCAAAUGUAGCGAACUUGGACCAGAUUAUUUUUGUGCAGAUAUGUAUGGUAAAGAAAGUGAAAGGUAUACAGGCCCUGAAGGUGGCAUCGUUAGCUUUGACAACUUUUUGUACUCUAUGCUUACAGUAUUUGUAUGCAUUACAAUGGAAGGAUGGACUAGUACAGGCUAUUACGUUUCUGAUGCAAUCGGUUCUUGGUGGCCUUGGAUAUACUUUGUGACUCUAAUUUUACUAGGUUCUUUUUUUGUAAUGAAUCUCGUUCUCGGCGUCUUAAGUGGAGAAUUCAGUAAAGAAAAAGAAAAAAUUGAUCGUACUUUGCUUUUUCGUAAAGAAAGACAAGAAAAACGUGAACAACAGGAUUAUUUAGGUUAUAAAGAAUGGAUCGAAUUAGCUGAAGAAUUAAGUGAUUCUGAAGGAGAUGAUAAAGGAAGUGAAGAUUUAGAAUCAGGUGGUGCUGAUGGAAUUGUUGAAGAUGAACCAGAGAUGCAUGUUGAAGAAGUAGUGAAAACACAUUGUCAUAGCACUCUACGUCGUCUAAGAAAAUUCCGUAAACGAACUCGGCGAGCUGUAAUAGCAUUUAUUAACAGUCGUCAGUGUUUUGCACUAAUUAUUAUAUUGGUUUUUCUCAACACAGUUGUCUUAACUACUGAACAUCAUAAUCAGCCAGAUUGGUUAGAUGAAUUUCAAGAUUUCGCUAAUGUCGUAUUCGUAACACUUUUUACAUUGGAAAUGGUUAUUAAAAUGGCGGCAUCAGGCUUCUCUGACUACUUUUCAAAACUAUUCAAUAGGUUCGACUUCUUUGUUGUCAUAUUUUCGAUAUUGGAAUUAGUUUUUGUUAAAUCUGGAUUACUCAAUCCAAUGGGUGUUUCAGUGUUACGGUGUGCGAGACUACUAAGGAUAUUCAAACUAACUCAAUAUUGGGAAAGUCUUCGAAGUUUAGUAGGCAAAUUACUGAAAUCUGUACGAUCAGUUGCAAGUCUCCUACUUCUUCUAUCCAUAUUCAUCCUCAUUUGUUCUUUACUUGGCAUGCAACUAUUCGGUGGACGAUUUAAUUUUAUAGCACAUGAAAAACCUCGUGCAAAUUUUGAUGGAAUUCUACAAGCUAUGCUGACUGUAUUUCAGAUACUUACCGGUGAAGAUUGGAAUGAAGUCAUGUACCAUGGAAUGAGGGCAUAUGAAAAUAGCCCUUGGUAUGGGGUUGUGGUUAUAUACUUCAUAUUUCUUUUUAUAUGUGGGAACUAUAUACUACUGAAUGUAUUUUUGGCUAUUGCUGUGGAUAAUUUAAACGAGGAUGAAGAUGAGGAUGAUGAUGGUAAUGGCGAUGCACAAAAGAAACAGACUGAAUCAUCAGAACAUACAGGAAUGGUAGAACAGAAUAAACAGCCUGGAGAAGAACAACAAAAUGAAAUAAAUUCUACUGUGAAAAUAAACCAGUAUGAUAAGACGGAUACUGAAGAUCAAACUUAUGAAGAAAUGUUUGCUGAGGAGGAAGAUGCCGAGGAGGAAGGUGAUUUGGAUGAUAAAAAUGGUGACGAUCAGAAAGAUAUGUCACCUCAAGACAGUCGAACAAUGCCACCUCACUCUGCUUUCUUUAUAUUUGCUGAUACCAACAAGUUUCGAAUAUUUUGUCACAAUGUGGUCUGCUUCUCACACUUUGGAAAUAUCGUGCUUGUCUGCAUUUUAGUGAGCAGUAUUCUUCUUGCUGCAGAAGAUCCAUUACAUGCAAACUCUCCAAGAAACCGGAUUUUGAAUAUGUUUGAUUACUUUUUUACCAGUGUAUUCACUGUUGAAAUCACACUAAAGAUGAUCUCCUACGGAUUUGUUCUUCAUGAAGGGGCGUUUUGCCGUAGUGUCUUUAACUUGUUAGACCUAAUCGUUGUGUGCGUUGCGUUAGUUUCAUUCGUUCUACAAAAUCAGACAAUCUCAGCUGUAAAAAUUCUUAGAGUUCUUCGGGUGCUUCGACCGCUAAGAGCUAUCAAUCGAGCCAAAGGGUUGAAGCAUGUUGUCCAAUGUAUGGUUAUUGCCAUCAAAAGUAUUGGCAAUAUAGUUCUUGUUACUUUCUUACUGGAAUUCAUGUUUGCUGUUAUCGGUGUACAGUUAUUCAAGGGUAAAUUCUACGCAUGUACAGAUAUAUCGAAACAUGUGGAAGAAGAAUGCAAAGGUCAGUUUAUUGAAUAUAAAGAUAUGAGUUUGGACAAUCCUGUUCUCAGUGAAAGAGAAUGGAAAAAUGCUGAUUUCAAUUUUGACAACGUUCCAAAUGCCUUGCUUACGCUAUUUGCAGUUUCCACAUUUGAAGGAUGGCCAACUUUAUUAUAUAGGUCAAUUGAUUCGAAUGCGGAAGACCAUGGGCCAAUUACAAAUUAUCGGCCAAUUGUUGCAUUUUUCUACAUAACAUUUAUUAUUGUUAUUCCAUUCUUUAUGAUUAAUAUAUUCGUUGGUUUUGUCAUUGUGACAUUUCAAAAAGAAGGUGAAGCUGAAUAUAAAAACUGUGAACUGAAUAAAAAUCAACGUAAAUGCAUAGAAUAUGCACUGAAAGCUAGACCGCGUCGACGUUACAUUCCAAAAGGACAUUUCCAGUUUAAAAUAUGGUCUGUGGUUGUAUCGAAAAAGUUUGAAAUACUGAUAUUCAUAUUUAUUUUUAUAAACACAGUAGCAUUAAUGUUAAAAUACGAUAAGCAAGAUAAAUAUGAGGCGAGGAUAUUGGAUUCGUUCAAUUAUUUCUUCACUGCUGUAUUCACAGUUGAAUUUGUACUUCGUUUAUCUGCAUUCAGUUUUCGUCAUUACUUUGGCGAUAUCUGGAAUGUUAUUGAUUUUGUUUUAGUUCUUGGAAGCUAUAUAGACAUAAUUGUUACACAGUCCGAUAUAAGUCAAGUGAAAUUCAGUGUAAAUUUCUUUCGACUAUUUCGUGUUAUGCGACUGAUCAAGUUACUGAGUAAAGAAGAAUCUAUACGACAGCUACUGUGGACUUUCAUCAAGUCAAUACAGGCAUUACCAUAUGUUGCUCUGUUGAUCGCAAUGAUAUUUUUUAUUUAUGCUGUGAUCGGAAUGCAAUUAUUUGGGCAAAUUUCAAUUGAGGAAAAUCCAUUGGAAGAAGAGGAAUGGCCUAAUCUGCAUAGAAAUAAUAAUUUUCAAAAUUUUUUCUAUGCUCUACUGGUACUGUUUCGAUGUGCUACAGGAGAAUCAUGGCAAGAAAUUAUGAUGGCUUGUAGAGAAGGACAAAAAUGUUCAAAAGAUUCAGAUGAAACAGAAAUCAAUGGAUGUGGUUCCAAGUUGGCUUACGCUUACUUUAUUAGUUUCCAUGCUAUUAGUGCUUUCUUGGUUAUUAACCUAUUCGUGGCUGUGAUUAUGGAUAACUUUGACUACCUUACACGAGACUGGUCAAUUCUAGGACCACAUCAUUUAGAUGAAUUUGUUACAAAAUGGGCAGAUUAUGAUCCAGAAGCAAAAGGACGAGUUCGACAUUUGGAUGUGGUAACUAUGCUUGGAAAAAUAAGCCCACCACUUGGUUUCGGUAGUAUGUGUCCUCAUACUCGAGCAUGUCAUAAACUGGUCAGAAUGAAUAUGCCACUAAAUAGUGAUGGGACGGUCUUUUUCAAUGCAACACUUUUUGCUUUGGUGCGUAGAAACUUGAAGAUAAAAAUCCCUGGAGAUGCUGGAGAAAAAGAAAAAUCACUUGAUCAAUUGAAUGAAGAACUACGCAUUGUUAUCAAACGUAUAUGGAAGCGUACAAGUCCAAAAUUAUUAGAUCAAAUUAUUCCACCUAAAGGUAGUGAUGUUGUUACAGUUGGAAAAUUUUACGCAACUUUUCUCAUUCAGAACUGGUUCCGUGAAUGGCAGAAGCGUAAAAUGAUUCAAAAGGAUACAAGAUAUAUCCCACAAAUAAUGGCUGGUGAUCGUGCCAUGCCCCAUCAACCUACUAUUGUCGGGUUUCCUAGACGGUGUUCAUCAGAUCUUACUGGUGAUGAAAUUCAACGUCGACGAGGUGCUGAUAAACGGGAUACGUCAGGUGGAAUUUUUGGUCGUACUCUGAGUGAAUGGACAAGACGUAGGAGUAGUAAACGUGCUACAGGCCGUCAAGAACAAGAUUUCAAUCAUAUAAAUGGGAUGUAUGAUGCAGCAGGAAGUCCUUUUAAGAAUGGCAUGGGGAUAUGGAAUGAUAUGGUUUUGAAUGCACAAGCCGGUAAAGCUGCUCAUCCUGCUGUUGUUGCUCUUAUGGAAAAAGAGAAAAGAGAUGCUGAAGCUAGCAUGCUAUUGUUAUCAUCAUCGCAAGAAAAGGAAUUUAAACACUUACAUAAGUCAAUGAAUAUUCCUGUCAAUAAUAAAUAUCAUACUAAAAGUAAUAAAACAACUGUUAUAAAUGAACCAGAAGAUUAUCUUCAGCAAGUUCAGAAAAAUAUAAAUACUGUCUGUUCAUCAAUGGUGAAUAACCAGUAUUUAGUCAAACAGGUUAAAUAUAUGCAUAAUAUUAACACUUAUCAUAUACAUCAAGAAGAAGAACCUCGACAGUUCAUUUUAAAACCUAAGUUUAAUAAAUUUGUUCCAGAGAAAAAGAAUCAAAGGUGUAUAGAUAAACAUUUGUUAUAUCAUACUAUCAAUGGUAAUCAUCAUAAUCACAUUAAUGAUGCUACAAUACUAUUGAAUGAUAAACAUUCAAAUAUAUCCUGUAACAUGAAUUCAAAUUUAUCUUGUUCUGGUUACGUAUUUACACCAGAAAAGAUAGAUCAUUUGCUCAAAGUUAAUAGUUUUCUACA